AUGACAAAUCAAUUUCUUGCAUGUAUUGGAAGUGUUAGCUUUAAGAACAUUUCAAACAUAGAUGAAUUUUGGAAGUUAGUGGGAUUGAUGCCAAAAUUAACUGAAUUAAAAUUGAGCAAACACACUUUUAAUGAUAUUGAACCAAUUGGUAAAUUUAAACAAUUAACUAUUCUCAAUAUUAGUGACAACCCAAUAAUGAAAGGAGUUGAGGCGAUUGGUUUAUUAAAGCAAUUGACUGAACUAGAUGUUAGAUAUUGUCGAAUGGGUGAGGAAGGAUCAAAAAUUAUUAGCAAAUUGGGCCAAUUGACUAAUCUCGAUAUUUCUCACAACUCUAUUCGUUCAAAAGGGUUCAAAUUUAUAUGUGAGAUGAAACAAUUAAUAAUACUCAAAGUGCAGUACAACAAAUUAGAAAAAUCAUCAUCAAACCAAAUUGAAGAUUUGAAGCAAUUAACUAAACUUGAUAUAAGCGGAAACAAUAUUGAUGAUGAAGGCGCUAAAUCUAUUGGUCAAUUGAAACAACUGACCAAACUUGAUAUUUCCGUAAAUUAUUUAUCUAAUGUAGGAGUGAAACACUUAAGCGACCUGCAACAAUUGAUUUAUUUAAAUGUUAGCUAUAAUGAUGUUGAUGAGGAGGUGGCGAAAGAUAUUUACAACAUGAAAAAAUUAUCAAAACUAAAUAUUGGUGGAAAUGAUUUGAAUAUCGAGAGUUUUUCAAUGAUUGGUAAAAUGGACCAUUUGAAAAAGUUAGAAUUUGGAGUUGUAGGUCUUGGAAAUGAUGGCUUUGAGUUUAUAAGUAAAUUGAAACAUUUAACAAUGCUCGAUAUUUCAGAAAAUCAAAUUAAUGAUAAUGGAGCUGAAUUACUAAGCAGAAUGGAACACUUAACAAAACUUGAUGUUGGGUUCAACAGCAUUGGAGAUCGUGGUAUUAGAUCGAUUAGUAUGUUGAAAAAAUUGACUGAUCUAAAUGCACGUAACAAUGAGUUUGGUAAUGAAGGUGCAAAGUACAUUAGUGAAAUGAUGCAAUUAACUAUACUACAAGUUGAUGAGAACAAAUUUGGUGAUGAAGGAAUAAUUGCAAUCACUAAAAUGAAAAACUUGAAAAAACUUAGGAUUUUCUCGGAAUACAUGGAUAAGGAAGGGAAAGAUGCUCUCUUAAAUACGAAACAUAUCACAAAAUUGAAAUAUUAA